AUGGACUUCAAAAUCGGUGCAAUCGACACUUGCAAGCCCAUAAAUGGCGACAUAGCAAAUGUACCAACCAAUAAAGCCGUUACAAUCCAAAACUCCACCAUUCCAUUCAAUUCCCCUGACUCAACACUCGGCCGUCACCUCGCCCGCCGUUUAGUCCAAAUCGGAGUAACCGACGUUUUCUCCGUUCCCGGUGAUUUCAACUUGACACUUCUCGAUCAUCUCAUAGCUGAACCCGAACUUAACCUUAUAGGUUGUUGUAAUGAGCUAAAUGCCGGUUAUGCUGCUGAUGGAUAUGCUAGGGCACGGGGAAUUGGGGCUUGUGUUGUUACCUUCACCGUCGGUGGAUUAAGUAUUGUUAAUGCAAUUGCUGGUGCUUAUAGUGAAAAUUUACCUUUGAUUUGUAUUGUUGGUGGACCUAAUUCGAAUGAUUAUGGAACUAAUAGAAUCCUUCAUCAUACUAUUGGGUUACCUGAUUUUAGUCAAGAGCUUCGUUGUUUUCAAACUGUUACUUGCUAUCAGGCUGUGUUGAAUAAUUUAGACGAUGCUCAUGAACUGAUUGAUACUGCAAUUUCCACAUCUUUGAAAGAGAGUAAGCCGGUUUAUAUUAGUGUAGGAUGUAAUUUGCCCGGGAUUCCACACCCUACUUUCAGUCGUGAACCAGUUCCGUUUUCCCUCUCUCCUAGAUUAAGUAAUAUGAUGGGCUUGGAAGCAGCAGUGGAAGCAGCGGCUGAGUUCUUGAACAAAGCAGUAAAGCCAGUGCUUGUUGGAGGGCAAAAUAUGCGCGUUGCAAAGGCAUGUGAUGCUUUUGUUGAGCUGGCUGACAGCUGUGGUUACGCGGUGGCAGUGAUGCCAGCCGCUAAAGGUUUGGUUCCGGAACACCAUCCACAUUUCUUAGGAACUUACUGGGGUGCAGUGAGCACGACCUUCUGUGCUGAAAUUGUUGGAUCUGCUGAUGCGUACUUGUUUGCUGGACCAAUUUUUAACGACUAUAGUUCUGUUGGUUAUUCUCUUCUUCUCAAGAAAGAGAAAGCGAUCAUUGUCCAGCCUGAUCGUGUGACAAUUGGGAACGGACCUGCAUUUGGUUGUGUUCUGAUGAGGGAUUUCCUUUCCGCAUUAGCAAAGAGAUUAAAGCAUAAUCCAACUUCUUAUGAGAAUUAUCAUAGGAUUUAUGUUCCUGAUGGACUUCCUUUCAAAUGCGAGCCUAAGGAGGCAUUAAGAGUUAAUGUUCUAUUUCAGCACAUUCAGAAUAUGUUGACUGGUGAGAGUGCUGUGAUUGCUGAGACGGGGGACUCGUGGUUCAACUGUCAGAAGCUGAAAUUGCCACAAGGAUGCGGGUACGAGUUCCAAAUGCAGUAUGGAUCUAUCGGUUGGUCUGUUGGUGCAACUCUUGGUUAUGCACAAGCUGCACCAGAAAAACGGGUGAUUGCCUGCAUCGGUGAUGGUAGCUUUCAGGUGACUGCUCAAGAUAUUUCAACAAUGCUAAGGUGUGGGCAGAGGACCAUUAUAUUUUUGAUAAACAAUGGUGGUUAUACAAUUGAAGUUGAGAUCCAUGAUGGACCUUACAAUGUGAUCAAGAAUUGGAACUACACAGGAUUAGUCGAUGCAAUCCAUAACGGAGAAGGAAAAUGUUGGACAACUAAGGUUUAUUGUGAAGAAGAGUUGGUGGAAGCAAUUGAAACAGCAAAUGGAGCAAAGAAAGAUUGUUUGUGUUUCAUUGAAGUGAUUGUCCACAAAGAUGACACUAGCAAAGAGCUGCUUGAAUGGGGUUCUAGGGUCUCAGCAGCUAAUAGUCGUCCACCAAAUCCACAGUAA